AUGCUCCCCCGCAAACUCUCAAUCUUCAUCUCCUUCUUCCGCUUUGGGUUCGAUUUUCAACACUUUCUGAUUCUCCUCACAUGUAUCGGAAUCGCCUGUCUUGUUCUGAACCCCGUUUCCCUCGGAACUCCACCCCUCCACCCCAUCCACCCAACUUCUAACCUCCAACUCACCAACCAGUCCUCCUCCCACUCGGCUGCACCACCCGCCCCACCCACACCAUCUAUCUCCUCUCUCUCUCCUACGCCUCCUCCCCCCCCCUCCCCUAUCACCCAAACCCUCCACCGCAACCUCACCUCUCUCCUUCCUCCAAAUACUCAAGACAGCUCUCUCAUCAUCCGCACCGGCUUUCGAGGAAUAUGUAUGACUUCUCAACUCACAAGUUCGAGAUGGGAAUGUGCCCAACAUGUCACGACAUUAACGAAUAUAAUCACGAGCACGACCACAGAUAUCAAUAUUGAUAUCGAUCCCCUAAACCUCCUCAAGCUAGCCGAGUCAGUGAGGAAAAGAAUUGUAUUCGAUGGAUUGCUCUACAUUUCCCUCCCCCUCGCCCUCCUAACUCUCCUCCUUCUCACCCUCAUCCCCCGUUGGAAAACCGAUCGAAACCCGGACACCAAUUCCGAACGCCAAGUAAAAUCCUUUCCCUCUCGUGCCCUCAGCAUGACACUCUGCUUAAUCAGCGGUAGCGCCUUCCUCUUCGCAUUUACAUCUAUUCUCUGGCAGCAUUUUGCCGCGGUGACUGCUUCGCGAUUUAUCGAGCGGAUGAGUUAUGGAAGUGUGGUGGCGAGAGUUGGGAGUAACGCUAUGGUGAUAGGAUGGCUGGGGGUUUUGAUGUUAUGGUUUGCGUUUAUGGGGUGUUUACUGAUGGUUUUGAGUUUGAGGAAAGUGAGGAAGACUUUUGGGUAA